AUGUCCGAGUCGCAACUAUAUACCCUGAAGAGGUCACCGGAUGGUGGCCACGGCUUAUUUGCUAGGGUGGCCAUCAAGGCAGGCACUCGCAUCAUCCAAGAACAGCCCGUCCUGAUGCUCUCGAAGGAAGAAGUUCAAACACAAUCUGAAGAAAAAUGGGUCAUCGCAAAAAUGGGCCAGUUGCCUGUUGAGGCUCAGAACGAGAUCAUGGAGUUAUAUCACAACCCGAAGAAAUUACAAGACUUCAAGUCUCACCACAACCAGAAAUGUCCCGGCACCGACUGGGAUGCUAGUCUUGUGCUGGCCAAAUUCUACACGAAUGCUGCUUCAAUAUCUGGUGGACUGAAAGUUGGGCUGUUCACUACGUUUUGCCGCAUGAACCACUCAUGCAUGCCGAACACGUGCUGGGUGUACGACGAAGUGACCGGAAUGGAAGUAUAUGCGGUGAGAGAUAUCAGCGAGGGAGAGGAAAUCACGGACUCGUACACCGAAGUCGCGUGUUCUAGAGAAAGCAGGGCAAGAGAACUAGCAAAUUGGGGAUUCCGUUGCGAAUGUACGGCAUGCGAAGGUCCAGAGGCCGAAGUGAUUGAUAUCAGGCGGCGAAGGGUAGCGCAAAUCAGAGAGCUCUUGGAGCUCUACAGCCGUAAAGAUGAGAAGCCUAUGUUUUCAGAAGUACCGAAGACGGAUUUAGAAGCUUUAAACCUCGCAGAGGAAAGUGUCUCGUUGUUGUCGUUGGAAAAUCUAGUUGAGGAGUUGGGUGCUGCCCACGGAUGGUGUGCCAAGUUUGCUCGAAGAGCCGGGCUGAAGGAUGUCAAGGAGUUUCAUGAAGACAAAGAGUACCAAAUUUUGGUGCUUACUACGGGAGACACUGAAUAG